AUGGCCGGGACGGGAAAAUCGACAGUUGCUCACACUGUAGCCAACUGGUCCGAUGAACAUGGAAGUCUCGGGUCCUGUUUUUGCUUCGACCGAACCCGGGAGAGAGAACGGCUUCCUCAGAAGCUGUUCACGACUAUUGCGCGCGAUUUGGCAGAUCACGACCCGCUUCUGCGCAGGGCAUUGGCGAGUGCUGUUCGAGACAACAACGAGCUCAAGCACACCGUCGACAUCAAGAGACAAUGGAACCAGCUGCUCCUUGGCCCGAUCAACAUAGCGUCAAAAGUCGUUGAGGCCCCUAUCCUAAUCAUUGUAGAUGCGUUGGAUGAAAGUGGUGAGAGUGAUACCCGUGAGCAGAUUCUCCACCUUCUGGCGGGGGAGCAAGAUGGCUCUUCCAAGCCUAUGACUGGCAUGCCGCCAAAUAUACGCAUUCUGAUCACGUCCUGCCCGCUUGAAGAUAUUUAUGACGCUCUCCAUAGCCCAUCACACGUUCGACAUGUCAACUUAGACGAAUCGCCCUGGUCAGAUGCUAUCGAGCGUGACAUCGAACGCUACAUUUCGGUCAGGCUCAAAGAGCUACAGUUUAAUGAUCAUGAAUGCAAGGCGCUCGCGAAACACGCUGACGGUCUCUUCGAAUGGGCUCGUUUAGUAUGCGAGUACAUCAAAGGAAGAAACAAAGUGCGCCAGAAUCCUAGGGUCCGCUUUGAAAGCGUGAUUUCCGAUGUACCGGCGAAGAGAACAAGACUAUUGGCUUUUAUGUACAAACGCAUCUUGGCAGACGUUAUACCGGAGGAUGAGCGGCAGGAGACUACACUGAUGUUUUGUAUUGUGAUGGACUUGAUUGUAAACGUACUGGAGCCGCUUUCGAAGACUUCCCUGGCUGCAAUUCUGUGUCAUUCUCCACGCACUGACGACAGGGACCAAGGUCGGCAGGAAAUUGAUGUGGAAUUCAUCCUCACUCCCCUGGGUGCACUACUCACCGGUAUCACAGAUAAUCAGACACCCAUCCGGCCACUGCACGCAUCCUUGGAUGACUUCUUAACGGAUAGAGAUCGGAGCGACGAGUUCUUUGUUGGGGGACCAGAGGUACAUCACUGUAGACUGGCCUUUGCAUCUCUGCACAUCAUGAAGGGCCAACUCUGCUUCAACGUCUGCCAUCUGGAAAGCUCCUACCUUUCCAACUCCGAUGUCAUUGGCCUGGAGUAG